AGUUAAACAAACGCACACACCUACCUUUGCCACCAGCCGCCAGAAAAUGAAAGCAAAUACGAAUCCUUUUUUCCAAAGAUGUCCUUCCCUUCUAAUCCAUCUCCCCUGAACGCAGCUUAAUCAUGAUGAUUAAUUGAUUAUGAUUCACAAAAUCAGCAUCUCUAUUUCUAGAUUCUUCAUUCUCUUCCCACUCACCCUUUCUCAUCUCACAGACUCAAUCAACCUCAAAAACUAAGCCAGUCCCAGAUUCAUAUAUACAAACAAAAAAAGACCAAGCUAGCUUGUAGCAGAUUACGAUGAAGAUUGUGGCGGUGUUUCUUCUCUUUCUGCUGUUUCUUUGCAAAAACUCAGCUGCACCUUCCCCUUCUCCUUCUUCAUCUGCAUGCCCUGUUGACCUUAACUAUGUUCGGAGAAUCCCAUGGAACUCCUCUGCUUGCCAAAACUUCAAAUCUUUGUCAUCCAAAAGUGAAGCAAGCUCCAACAAUUGUUGCAUCUCACUGUUAUCUCUCUUUGGCAUAGGACUAGCUCAGCACCUCAAAGAAACUUCCAAUUUCAACCUCCCCAAUCUCCAAACCUCAAAUUCAUGCAUUCAAGAUUUCCAAGCCAAGCUCAGUGCUCUGUCACUCCCCAAUAACCUUGCUAGUUCCUGCUUUGACCCUCUUCAGUUUGUUAUCUCCCCCAACAUCUGUGCAGGUGUGGAGAAUAUUUCAGAUUGGACCAGCAAGCUUGGUCAGAGCACACCACUCAACACUGCUUGUAGAUCAGAUCUCUCUGAUACUUCCCUCUGUGAUUUGUGCCUUAAUGCUGGCUUACAGGUGAAGCAGACUCUUGUUUCCAUUGAUGGUAAUGCUAACCACUCCUUGGAAUGUUUUUACUUUGCUAUUCUUUAUGCUGCUGGGAUUGUGAAUGAGUUUGGACCUGAAAGCAAUGGUGCUGUCACAUGCAUAUUUAGUCUUCCUGUUUAUUCCCAAGAGGGGUCUGGGGGAAAGGGUCACCGGACUCUUGUGUUUGGGUUGACAGGAGCUGGGGUUGCUUUGUUUGUCAUGUCUUGUUUGUUGGCACUGUAUGUCUGGCAUGACAGGAAGCGUAGGCUGAGAAAGCUUGAUAGUUUACCGUUCGAUUUUGACCCUGAGGAACAAGGGUCUAAGCGUAGAAUGAGACCGAAUACCGGGUCGAUUUGGUUCAAAAUUGCGGAGCUUGAGAAGGCUACUGAUAAUUUUUCAACUAAGAACUUCAUAGGGCGAGGCGGGUUUGGGUUGGUUUUCAAGGGAACCUUGCCUGAUGGGACAGUGGUUGCUGUUAAGAAGAUUUUAGAAUCUGAUUUUCAAGGGGAUGCUGAGUUUUGUAAUGAAGUGGAGAUUAUUAGCAAUCUGAAGCACCGGAAUCUGCUGCCGCUUAGGGGCUGCUGUGUUGUUGAUGAGAAUGAGAAGAAUUAUGCUGACAAGGGAAGCCAAAGAUAUCUUGUUUAUGAUUACAUGCCAAAUGGUAACCUUGAAGACAAUCUCUUUAUAUCUCAGAAAGAGAAGAAACCACUGACUUGGCCUCAAAGAAAAAACAUAAUCUUGGAUGUGGCAAAGGGAUUGGUUUACUUGCACUAUGGUGUUAAACCUGCAAUUUUUCACAGGGAUAUCAAAGCCACCAAUAUACUUCUUGAUGAAGACAUGAGGGCAAGAGUUGCAGAUUUCGGGCUUGCUAAACAAAGCAGGGAGGGCCAGUCUCAUCUCACUACAAGAGUAGCUGGAACUCAUGGAUAUCUAGCACCGGAAUAUGCACUAUAUGGUCAACUGACUGAGAAGAGUGAUGUCUAUAGCUUUGGUGUGGUUGUUUUGGAGAUAUUGUGUGGAAGGAAAGCUCUUGACUUGUCUUCAUCAGGGUCACCAAGGGCAUUCUUGAUCACAGAUUGGGCUUGGUCAUUGGUGAAAUCUGGGAACAUAGAUGAGGCGUUGGAUUCUUCCUUGUUAAAAGACGAAAGCUCUUUUACUUCAAAUCCUAAGAGCAUAAUGGAAAGGUAUUUGCUGGUGGGAAUUCUAUGUUCCCAUGUAAUGGUUGCUUUGAGACCAACAAUUACUGAUGCUUUGAAGAUGUUAGAAGGGGAUAUUGAGGUUCCUCAAAUUCCAGAUAGGCCUAUGCCUCUUGGACACCCUUCAUUUUACAAUGAUGGCAACACUUUUAGCAUAUCUCCGGCCCUUAGCGGCCCCAAAUUGCAAGCUGGAGACAUGCUCAGGAGUCCCAGUCAAGCAGGCUAGUGGACAGGAGCAUAUCCUCUUAUUAAACUUGUUGAAGAUCUUAUGGGAAGAACUUCAAUAUUAGGCCUAUACCUUCUUCUACUUAUACAAGUCCGUGAAAUGGCACGCAAUACAAGGACUCAAAAUACCUCACUGGCUUCUUGAAUUCAAUUCUGUAGUAUAGAUCCCCCAAAAUUCACUGAUGAAGCCACUCUAAAACCAACAUCUUCUUAUUGAUACUCUAUCAAGAAUGUCAAAUUACUGAUAACACACUCUAUUUCAACUUGCAAUCACAUGUGACAUGUUGAAGCAUGAAAGCACAACGACGACGGAGAGUGUGAUGGCGAUAGAGAGCGCAACUACGAUAAAUGCAUACGGAAGGAGAGCGUGACGUAGAAGAUUUAACAACCUUCAAGUUUGCUAACCUCCGCCUUCAAAUUGUGCGGUUGAGAGAGGUUUAGGGGAAGAUGGCUUUAGAGAGCUCGUGACAACAGAGCAAGGAGGUGUUCGUGAUGGUUUGGUUUGGUGGAUGGAGGUUCGAGCUUUGAUUUGGGUAUUUGAGGCAUGGAGGUUGAGAUUAGAGUUUUAAAUAACUAUAACUAAAUCCGUCACUAUAGUUUGCGAGGAGUCACAACAGAUGUCCCACUUGUUCACAUUUGGAACCAAUAACAAUAGAGCGAAGUGUCACAAAAUAUGACGUGGCCAUCGUUCUUCCCUUCUCAGUUUUAUUUUAUUUUAUUUUCUUUUAAUAUUUUCCCAAAAGACCAGACCAAAACUGUAACACACAGAGGCUGAUGUUUCAAUCAAGUAUUCAAGUUGAUAAACUAUGCAUGGUUUGAUAUUUCAAAA